UGCGAUGGGGGAUGGGUCCGUAGGAACGGCACCAACAAAACUUUAACCACUUCAAUGGCUUCCUAGCCAUUGCUGAAAGCUGGCUGCACCUCCAGUACCAUCGUCAGUUGUGUAACUUUUUAUCUUCAGUGUUUGAAACCGAUGUUAUAGUCGCACGGAUGAAAUUUGCUUCAUGCUAAUUGUAGAUUUGUAGAAUUGUAAUUUAAGAUCCGAGUGGUGUUCCGUACGUUUUGGAGAGAAGUGGUUAAAUUAGUGUCUUGUCUAGCGACUUGUAACCCCCCUCUUCUCUCUCGGCGCUGGUUUCGUCUGGCUCGCCCCCAGUUGCUGCGUUUGUCCCGGGAUGACCUGUUGAUGUCUGUAACGUUAAAGAUGGAGUAUGUAGGGGGAGCGACACCCCCGCCCCCAUCCCAAAAUAUUUAAAUAAAAAUUAUUCAAACGGAUAUAUAGCUAGCCAAUUUACGAUCAGAUUAACAAUUUCGUAAUACUCCGUACGUUUAUAAGAACUAUAAUAAUCGACAGCUCGUUAGCUAGGUUGAUAUAGAUUGCUGUUGUCUGUGAGUGAUAAUGCGUAUGAAUGUAUUGGGCGAACCAAAUUUUUUUUUGAGCUAGCUAGCCAGUACAGUCUGAGACAGAUCCAGUUUCUGUAGGCCCGAGGAUGUAGCCAGCUAGCUAACAGAAUCCGACAUCGCAAUCAAUGUGGCACGACGGAGCUUCAGCGGCGGAUGUGGACUACACUAAAUAAUUUAUUUUUGUGAUUUUGACAAACAUUUAAGGAGGAAAAUCGGUUCGAUUUUAAAUUGCAGUUAGGAGACGCGGCAUCGAAAGCGAAGACCGAGUGAUACUUUAUUUUUUGCGUUCUGCUGUCGCCCCCCGGCCCGUGCCAUUGGAGCGCUCCUACCGGGCAGAUAGACUGGCACACGGCGGGCACGGCUAGCCUGCCACCACGAUCGCCUUCCAGCUUGUCUGCUGGCUGCUCCAAAUAAACGCGGCUCAAGAGAGAUACUUAGCCGCUCUUAAUUACUACAUUUCAGAUAGAGAGGUGCCGGGCGUAGCGCCAUGGCUCAGACGCUGCAGAUGGCCAUCCCCAACUUCGGCAACAGCGUCCUGGAGUGUCUGAACGAGCAGCGGCUGCAGGGGCUGUACUGCGACGUGUCGGUGGUGGUGAAGGGCCACGCCUUCAAGGCCCACCGCGCCGUGCUGGCGGCCAGCAGCUCCUACUUCCGCGACCUGUUCAACUCGGGCAGCAAGAGCGCGGUGGUGGAGCUGCCCCCGGCCGUGCAGCCGCAGAGCUUCCAGCAGAUCCUGUCCUUCUGCUACACGGGCCGGCUCAGCAUGAACGUGGGCGACCAGUUCCUGCUCAUGUACACGGCCGGCUUCCUGCAGAUCCAGCAGAUCAUGGAGAAGGGGACCGAGUUCUUCCUGAAGGUCAGCUCCCCGAGCUGCGACUCGCAGGGGCUGCACGCCGAGGAGACCCCGCCCUCCGAGCCCCAGAGCCCCGUCACGCAGACGUCCGGGGGCGGGGCCGGGGCGGCGGGGGCGGGCGCGGCCGCCACGGGGGCCGGCCGCCCGGCCUCCUGCCUGACCCCGCUCCCCCUGGUGUCCCGCGUCAAGAUGGAGCAGCAGGAGGGCGGUGGCUCCUCUUACUCUGUGGUCUGCACCCCCGUGGCCAAGCGGCUGUGGGAGGGGGGCAGCCGGGAGGGGGGCGGCGGCUCGGGCGGGGGAGGGGGCGGCGGCAUGCGGAAGGCCGCCCGCUUCUCACAGGAGUCGGCCCGGGGCGGAGCCAUCCAGCCGCAGGGCGGGGCGGGGGGCGGGGGCACCAACGGGAACGCCAACAACGGCGCCUCGGAGAGCACCAGCCCCGGGAACCUGAGCGCCUACACCAGCGACUCCCCCACCUCCUUCCACGACGACGACGAGGAGGAGGAGGUCACCGACGAAGGCACGGAGGAGCAGUACCGGCAGAUCUGCAACAUGUACACCAUGUACAGCAUGCUCAACGUGGGCGCGGCAGCGGCCGGUGAGCGCGUGGAGGCGCUGCCCGACCACCUGACCUCGGACACGCGCGGGAGGAUGCGCGUGCGGCAGGAACUGGCCUCGCUGCCCGCCGAGCUCAUCACCCAGAUCGGCAACCGCUGCCACCCCAAACUGUACGAGGAGGGAGACCCCUCCGAGAAGCUGGAGCUGGUCUCAGGCACCAGCGUCUUCAUCACUCGCGCCCAGCUGAUGAACUGUCACGUCAGCGCAGGGACUCGACACAAAGUGCUGCUGAGGAGAUUGCUGGCGUCUUUCUUUGACAGGAACACUCUGGCUAACAGCUGCGGUACAGGGAUCCGUUCCUCCACCAAUGAUCCGAGCCGCAAGCCACUGGAUAGCAGAGUGCUGCACGCAGUCAAGUUUUACUGUCAGAACUUCGCCACGAGCUUCAAGGAGAGCGAGAUGAACGCCAUCGCGGCGGACAUGUGCACGAACGCGCGGCGCGUGGUGCGGAAGAGCUGGAUCCCCAAGCUCAAGCUGCUGAUGGCCGAGGGCGACGCGUACUCCAGCUUCCUGCCCGACACCGUCAAGAUGGAGGCCGACGGCCUGGCCGCGGAGCACGGCUUCGAGGCGGGAGGCCUGGAGGCGGCAGCCUCCGCAGAGGCUGGGGCCUCCGGCGAGUCUCUGCAGGGAGUGGGCGGAGACGGCAGCACUUUGUUUUAGUAAGUGACCCCUCCCCCUUCCACCUCCCUCUCCUCCCACCCCCCCUGUACCCACCCCGUCUCCCAUAGCGCCCCGCCCCUGACCCCCACCCAUCACGUGACCCGGAGUA